AUGGCUGUGUAUACAGGUUUGAAAUCCAGCAGUAUCAAGUACCUCGCCUUAUUUGAAGGUCUUGAAAAACCCACAAAGAAAUACAGAGAUAUUGAUGAAGUGGAUACCCGUACACCAGAGCUAAGUAUACAGAAAUGGUGUUUUGACAUCCAGGCAGAGAAAAAAAAUUUGAUGAAAUGUGACGAUGCUGCAUUGAAGUUCCUUUAUAUGCAAGCCAAAUCAGACAUCAAAUGUGGAAAACUAAAACCUUCAGAAGAACAAAAAGCUCAGUUAGAGGAAUACUGUGACCCUGAAUUCCCAGUGCCUAUGCAGUAUAUUAAGUUGUGUCAAACCUUAGAUAACUAUACAUCAGCCAUUGUCAGAGAUUGCACGCUACAUAAAGAAUUUCUCGCCAAAUCUAUUACGAUACCAGCUGGAACAGCAGUGAAUGUAGCUGUAACACGGCGAGGUCUCAUGCUUGAAGUUCACAACAGACAGUGUGUUGUUUCAUGGAGAAAAGUUAAGGGCAUUUACACGGGAUAUUUUGAAACAAAUUCAUCUAGCUGGACAAGAGCCGAAGAAGACGUUUACAUCACAUAUGAAAUUUACUCUGUUUCCAACAAUAAUUUUACACAACUACAUAUCAAAUCAAAACAAGCACCAUACUUAUUGGCUGUAACACUGGAAAUGAUCAGAAUAUUACAGGAAGAGCUGGAUGGUCCUCCAUUUCAGACGUCAGAUAUUCAGGUAGAAGCGGACAAGGGAGAGAUUGUGGCCUGGAAUAAUGUGAUGUUUACAACAAAAUCAACAGCACUAGAAGGACAUAUAGCAGGACGAUUUGUUGAUAUGUCGGCAUAGAAGCAGCCAAAUCAGAAUGCACAACUAUACACUUUUUACUAUUUUUUUUAAAAUUGUGAUUGCUUUCUUUAAUUAGUUUUUUUUUUUAUGAUUUAUUUCAAGGGUGGGUAUGUUUAUUGUUGUUGGCCUUUACCUGUAGCAACUGUUUCAAUAUUUGCCUCUGUUGCAUAGUGUAACUACACUCUAUACAACUAAAUGAGCUAAUCAAAGAUGAAUUUACCA